AUGAUCGAGGAGUCCUUAUGCAUGCAGGGGGCUGCUGCAACCACCUCAGCCACCAUGAAUAAGGCAGCUGGAGGCGACGAGUUUGCAGAACUCUUGAGGCUGAUCCCAGACCUGCUGCAGUCGGCGAACACCAGCGGCAACGCGUCGCCACAGCUUGAGGACUUGUGGUGGGAGCUGGGGUUGGAGUUGCCCGAUGGCGCUGCCCCUGGGCACCCCCCGGGCAGCAGCGGGGCAGACAGCGCAGACACAGAGUCCCGGGUUCGGAUCCUCAUCAGCGCCGUGUAUUGGGUGGUUUGCGCCCUGGGGCUGACGGGCAACCUGCUUGUUCUCUAUCUAAUGAAGACCAAGCAGGGCUGGCGCAAGUCCUCCAUCAACCUCUUCGUCACCAACCUGGCGCUGACGGACUUCCAGUUCGUGCUCACUCUGCCCUUCUGGGCGGUGGAGAACGCGCUGGACUUCAAGUGGCCCUUUGGCAAGGCCAUGUGCAAGAUCGUGUCCGUGGUGACCUCCAUGAACAUGUAUGCCAGCGUGUUCUUCCUCACUGCCAUGAGUGUGGCACGCUACCACUCGGUGGCCUCAGCUCUUAACAGCCACCGGGCCCGUGCGCACGUCCGUGGCAAUUGCUGGGGCCAGAACUGGGGGGACACUUGCUGCUUCUCAGCCAAGGCACUGUGUGUGUUGAUCUGGAGCUUGGCCAUGCUGGCCUCCCUGCCCAAUGCCAUUUUCUCCACCACCAUCAGGGUGAUGGACGAGGAGCUAUGCCUGCUGCGCUUCCCUGACCAAUGGCUGGGCCGAGACAGGCAGUUCUGGCUGGGUUUGUACCACUCGCAGAAGGUGCUGCUAGGCUUCGUGCUGCCCAUGGGCAUUAUCAGCCUUUGCUACCUGCUGCUGGUGCGCUUUAUCUCCGACCGGCGCGUGGUGGGAGUGGAAGGAGGGCCCACCGCGGCCGGAGGAGGCCUGACCUCAGCCAGCGCCCGGAGACGCGCCAAGGUCACCAAGUCAGUGACCAUCGUGGUCCUCUCUUUCUUCCUGUGUUGGCUGCCCAACCAGGCCCUCACCACCUGGAGCAUCCUCAUCAAGUUCAACGCGGUGCCCUUCAGCCAGGAGUACUUCUUGUGCCAGGUCUACGCCUUCCCCGUGAGCGUGUGUCUGGCACACUCCAACAGCUGCCUCAACCCCAUCCUCUACUGCCUAGUGCGCCGCGAGUUCCGAAAGGCGCUCAAGAACCUGCUGUGGCGGAUCGCCUCGCCUUCCCUCACCAACAUGCGCCCCUUCACAGCCACCACCAAGCCAGAGCCCGAGGAUCAGCACGGGCUGCAGGCCUUGGCACCUUUGCAGGCUGCAGCGGAGCCUGAUCUGCUCUACUACCCACCCGGCGUGGUGGUCUACAGUGGGGGACACUAUGACCUGCUGCCCAGUAGCUCAGCCUACUGA